AUGGCUCCCCACCCACUGCCGGCUCGCCCCAUCCAGUCCGUGGCCGGGGUGGCGACGCCUUCGUGGCCUUCCUUGGCGCAGCCACCCUUGUCGACCGGCGCGACUAUGCACCAGCAAGCCGCUCGCAGCCAGGCUGGUACGACCGGCUUCUCGACAACACUACCACCCCCACCAUCCGCUGUUCAGCCGAUGCCGCGGCUGCCGCCGCCGCGGCCGCCGUAUUCGGGACCGGCGUCAGCGGCCGCCCAGCAGUCUUCGGGCCAGGUCUAUUCUCAGUCUCAGUCUCAGGGUCAAGGUGGCCCGUUGCCGCUGCCCGCGCUCGGUGCCGCGAGAAGUUCCUCGUUUCAAGGGAAUGCUACGAGUCCGAAUGGAAGCAACACUCCGGGAUCACUACCCGCUUCACCAAAGUGGGGCACACCAGGGCAACACUUGCCGCAGUCGCAUCAGCAGCACCAUCUCGCUACGCCGACGCACACUCCCAACCCCGCUUCCUCCUCAACGCCGAGUUUCGCGCUGCCGAGAGCACCGAGCAUGCGCAAGGCACUCACCAGCCAGGAUGUCCGAGUUAACUCGGUCCAGGUCGACCUGCCGGGGCAAGGCCGCUGGAAAGUUCAUUGGAGGGCAUGGCGUGGACCAGCGUUACUCGACACUUCGGUCGCGGCACCUCCGACUCCGCCGAGCACGACAAAUGUUUCCGACAAGGCGCUGGCGUCUCAUCUCGGCAUGCCGCUGCACGAGCACACCCCGACGGCCAAGUAUGACCCUUUGACAUCCACUGCACCAAUACCGACGACGACUUUGAAACGAGCCCGGUCAGCUCUCUGUGACGACGACCCUUCGACUUCGAUACCGAUCGCCUCGACGAGCUCCGCGCCCGGCUCAUCAUUGCGAGCCAGGCUACAGGCCUUGCAGAAAGUGGAUCCCAGUCAAGAUCCAAUAGAGCUCGCAUUGAAGCAAGUCCAACGCGUAGCCGCUAAUCUCACCGCGUCUGCGUCAAACACGGUCUCAUCGGGCGUGCCGUCGCUCUUCUCGUACGUCAGAAUCAGCGCGGUCAGACCGAUCGAGGAUUUCAAGGGCAAAGGGAAGGCGAAGGCCACCGAGGCGCAGGACGCGGCCGUUGGGAGGAUGCUCUGGGUCUUUGGUCUAUCCUCGGAUUCAAUCGAGCAUGACCCCACUCGAGAAGCCUUGAGUGCCCUUGAGUUCGCGGACAUCAUUUGUAGGUUCAUGAAUUGCGGAGGCUUGUGUGGCCGCGUGCGCGAGUGCUGACCCCGACGUCGCUGUACGUCACAGGUGUUGGCAAAGGCCAUUUCGCGCAUCGAGAUGUGUUCCCAGCCAUGUACGAGAUGACGACGUCGCCUUCGAGCGACGCCAAGACGGCUCCGUCGCAGCCAGCAUCUGUCGCAUUGCCGCUUGCGUUGCCCGCCUCGGCGUUUCCUUCCGUGCUUUCCCUGUCCGCUCAAUUCCACGCAGAUCUCCCCUGCCCGGCGAGCGCGCCUCAACCGCAAACUCGCAUCUGUUCACCGUGCGAAGCGUUUUUGGCCGGUUGCGGCAGUGUUAUUCGCCAAUCGCUGCUCGCCCAGGAAGACGGGCAUUCAUCCUCCGAGCUGCGGCGCCCGGCUUUGCCGCUGGGCUCAGCGAUCGUUAUUCUCCCGCCAGCAAGCGAGCCUUUCGGCUAUAGCGGUCGCCGUAUCUUGCCCGAAGCGAUCAAAACGACGUUGCAUUUAUCCCUCAAUCUACAGGGGUUGCUCGUGCGGAGCGCCGUCGAGGACGUUGCGUACCGGCCCUACCCUGUGUUGUCAGCCACAGUGACCCCUGUUCCGACCGGUGCACCGGUGCUGCUUGCCCCACUAGGAACACCGGCGACAUUCGUCAGAACUGUGGCGCCAUCGUCGCAUUCGUUACACGCGAGCCGGGUCAACGCGUCAUUGCGCCAGACCUGGCUGAAUGCUCUCGACGGCUCGGACCUCGCGCUGGACGAGCAUGAGCAUUGGCUCGUUUGUCGAAUCUCGAUUCCUCCGCAUGACACCACUGCCAACAUGUCACCCCAGGUCUCGGAUUCCUCACCAGAACACCUCGACGUCAUGUGGCCUGCCAGCCUCUGCCUACUUGAUGGCACUCGGUCACAACCGUUGCGGUCACCUCAAAGCACCCCGCCUCGCGUAAAGGCGGUCGACCUCGCCGAUUCUUCGUCUCUGGACCCUUUCGUACACAACACUUCUGAAGCGGGACUCAGCUCUCCCGACGUUUUGACACGCCAACAAUUGGCGGCGGCCCUCCAUCGGGGGCUCGCCGCAGACGCGUUGAACCCUCACAAGUCGUCGUCAUCUACGACGUACCAUGACCCCAUACGAGCUCGCGUAGAGCAGGUGGGCGCCCUACUCGUGGAUCUUCAAGAACAACGGGAGCAACGACUCCGGCUCGAGCGGGAAGCCGAGGCCGUGCGAGCUUCCCCUGCCGCUGCGGCGACGACCGCACCCCCCGCUUCGCCGCCCGUUGCCGAACCUGCGAAAGUUGCUUCCACAGCUGGUGCGCCGAUCAGCAUGCGUACUCCAAUCUCCCUCGUUGGGGGGUCCACCGAGGCGCUAAGCCCGGGAGACGCGUUCAGCGCCGCCGAGCGCAGCUUGAUGAGUGCCCUCGGGGAGGCGCCAUUUGCCUCCACCGACCCGGCGACGAUGCAGUCGUCGAACGCGUCGGCGCUGACGACGACUAAAAAUGCCGAAAUGGACCAUCUCUACCCCUCUCCCUUCGAAGCCCCGAAUGCGCUACCAAUUGUCAGCGAGGGCGUCGGAAGUGAUAGCGUGAUGAACACGGUCGAGCUGGGGUCCUCGCACGACGCCACUUUUCCAAACUUUGACUGGGGUGAGGACUUCAGCGCCGGACAGAACCCCGGGCUCCGUCACAAUCAAGACUUCGACGACGGGAUGAUGAUGGACUUGAAUGAUGACGACUUCUCCUUUUUCGACGACCCCGCGCCCUUACCGACGUCACUGCCGCUUGGAACUCUGAACGGCCUGCAGUCGGCAGGCCCAAGCCCCAAGUUCUUGGAUCACUUCAGUCACCUUGGCUCAGGAGCCACGCCGUUUCCUUCGGUGGCGAGCCCGGCUUCGCCUUCGUUGGGAGUAGCUUCGCCAAAUGUGCACACCUCCCCCGCCGUACUCAGCUUCAGCUUUGACAACAACCAAAGUCACAAUGCGCUCGGUCUCGGGGGCGCUACGCCUCGCGCUCAACAACUUGCAGAGCAGUCGCCUUUCAAGACUUCGCGGACUCCGUACACUCCAUAUGUCGAAGUCGUCGAUGAGGAGAACGAGCCCGAGAUUGCCCACAGUGGUACCCACGCUACUGCCACGGUGUCGGUGGCAGGUACGCCAGCCUCGAAUGCACUCGCGCUGAAGAAGUUGACCCAGUUUGAGGCGGUGCCGUUUGGAAGCUCUCACGCCAAGGCAGAUGAACGCUACGAUCCUCGCAAAGGCAAAUUUGGACUCCCUAGCCCCGGCUGGGAUCGUAAGGAACUUCCCAUGGGAAAGAUGUCGAAUGCGUCGGCGUCAGGCGUACCCUGGUUAACCGCAAUAUGCGAUCCGCGCGCCAAUGCCGCUCGACAGCUCAAGCAGAAGCGCACACCAUUUCUGGCCAAGAAGCGCCCAUGCACGGACGGCACCUCAAAUCCAUGUGCACGGGUCCAACCACGAGACCGAAAAUGGAUUCGCUCCACCGAAGCUGACAGCGACAACCCAGGAGAGGAGGAUAGCGAGGAUGACGAUAUGGAUGGGCCCAUUGAGCCGCAGCACCAUGAUGGAGAUGACCUUGCCGCCACGGAGACAGGCCCUUCCCAUCGAGCUUCAGAGAAUUCCUUCGGCUCGGGCUUGUUGAUUCUUCGGGACCAUCUCAAACGCAUGCUGUCCACCGCAGGUGCCAAAGUGGACAUCAUAGCGCCUGUGCCCGUGGCGACGAAGGCGACGAAGGCAGCAGAACAUGCGCUUGAAACCACUGUCGGGCUCAUGGCGGAUCAGACUCUACAUAACCCCGAUUUUCGUAACAGGUCCGCUGCCUUGAAGGUGCGCAGCAAGUCGAGCGGCGCGAAUGGUGAGUCGACCGAGAGUUUGAAUCGCGAUGAGAUGCGCGGUCCUGACGCCGUAGUGCCUUUAUCCACAGCUUCGUCAAUUGCAACCCGGAUCGUCUACAAUCGCCUCGCUCGGGUCGCGCCCAACCCGGAUCCACUGCCACUGUCGACUCUCCACGCUCCGACGUUACUCUUACGAGCUCAGCAAACGAUCAUGCAGCUCAGCGCGUCGGCGCUGGACUUCUGGAACCCGAUGGGUUUUGAGCCUCUGUCCGGUCCCAAGGACGUAACAGCCUUUGCAGUGUUCGAAGAACUCAAUACUGAUACAAGGGAGGCCGUCGCAACUUGGCUUGACGACGUUUCGGAAGGCUAUCAAAGUUCUCGCCUUGGUCGGCAUGAAUUGGGGCACAUUGCAGCCUCGGGGACGUUCUCUGGAGUUGAGAAUGGCUUGGCCGCGCUGCCAGCAGGAGCAUUAUCGAGGGUGAAGGAUGACUACAAAGGAAUGGGUGAGUAGCAUGUCGCUCCGAGGUCCCUUCUUGUCAUUUAAGUUGAACGCUGGACUUCCCGACCUCGCUCUGCAGCCAACCACUUGGUCGAUGCGGCGCGCACUCGAAAGCAUGUUGUGAUUUAUCUACUCGACCCAUCCGAGGCAUCUCGGACCUCUGCCUCUGCGGCGCCAUCCAUUAUUGCAGCGUUGGCGCACAUACUUAAGUCACGCGCAAGCACCAUGUCACUGGUCGUCUACCCCCUACCGCUCUCGACCGUGUCACGCUGGAGGUCGAUCGCGUCGGCCGACUCGAUUGCCGCUCGCCUGCGACGCCUCGCUUUCGCUGUUUAUGAUACCCUGCUUGUAUCCGUCUCGAGCCUUCCAGCACCAGUUCCGGAAACAUUCCCUUCGUCGCAAAUCGGCAGACAUCCGGUGCUCGGUCCUCUGACACGUCUUUACCAGAGCCCCGCCAUCACCGCUUCGCCGGUGCGGGAGACUUCCAUCGAGUUCGCGCUUGUGUGGCCGCCCUCGAGUCUUGAAGUCCUGCAUCGGCACCGACUGUUCCACGUUGCCUAUGGAUGCUUUCGCGCCCUCGCCGAAGGCGAACACGGUCCUGCCCUCGAGUGGAUCGUCAUUUCUGGUAUCGAUGAAAAGGGCGAGACGUGGAAGUCGGUCCCGCAGAUUGUGCGCUACCCGCCGCAAAUGCAGCUGGAGGAGGCGAGGGCGCGCCAAGUAUGGAAAGCAGCCAAGUCGCUUCAUGAUACCGCUGAUAUCGAAUGGAGGGUCGUCGUCACCAAACUCGGGAACAUGUCGAAAGAGGAAAUUAUUGGUGAGCCGGAUUUGGACGUAUUUUCCGCAAUUGCGCAUUAGAGCAACCGACUGACACUGGCGUUACUUAUCAGCGUGGGAUAAGAUAAGCCGAGAAAUCAUUGGCGGACUGAGAAGACCUUUGCAUAUCACAAUCUCUUGUGCUGAGAUCGGUCCAGCGCUGUCGCUGUUGCCAGUGCUCCACGAAGCUUCCGAGCACACCAGCUCGCCGAUGUCCGAGGAGGGCGAGCUCGGGGCCGGCAACGACGCUGGAACGACCAUGUCACCGGCGCUAGGUAGGAGUCAUGCAGGCCGUACGAGAAACCAAAACAAGCCCAUUCAUCUUGACUCUGGCACAUGCCUCUUCGUACAUACGCCGAACCAUCCCAUCACCUUUGACACGUCCGCCAGUCUGGUGGCCCCGGCCAGCUCGUUCCUUAUUCACGCCCCUCGUCUGCCGACGUUCGCCCAAGCACCUUUCCAACCGUUCAUGCCCGCCAGCCCGGCAAUAUCGGUGCUUGCUCUCCACGUACUUUCCUCAGCCUGUACCAAAACUUCGACCCUGCGUAUCGAUCUCUCGCAACAUGUGGCGGAUAUUAUGCAGAGCUUUGCUGAUCUCGCCGCGCUCGGACAUGCGCGCUGGGGCGCAUCCGGUCGAGUACCCUGGCACCUGGAAGCCGUAGCAAGCGUUUUGGACAUCUUGGCCGCCCUGACCUGA